CUUAAGGCCUGUUUCUAGUUUCCUCCCUGGCUGAAACUGAGACAUUGGAGCUGCGCGUGGCUUGUUGCUAAGCUAUAAAUUGGAUCAACCGCUGUGGAUUUUACACCCGGAAGUAUCUGUUUACACUCAAUCCCACCAUGCCUCACAUAGACAAUGAUGUGAAGCUCGACUUCAAGGAUGUCCUGCUGAGGCCCAAGCGAAGUACUCUUAAGUCCCGCAGUGAGGUGGAUCUCACAAGGUCCUUCGAAUUCAGGAAUUCAAAGCAGACGUACACAGGAAUCCCCAUCAUUGCUGCCAACAUGGAUACUGUUGGCACCUUUGAGAUGGCCAAGGUGCUCUGUAAGUUCUCUCUGUUCACAGCCAUCCACAAACACUAUAGCCUUGAGCAAUGGAAGGAAUUUGCUACCCAGAAUCCUGACUGUCUAGAGCAUCUGGCUGCCAGCUCAGGAACAGGCCCUUCAGACUUUGAACAACUAGAACAAAUACUUGAAGCAAUUCCCCAGGUGAAAUACAUCUGCCUGGAUGUGGCCAAUGGCUACUCGGAGCAUUUUGUUGAAUUCCUGAAGGAUGUUAGAAAACGCUUUCCCCAGCACACUAUCAUGGCUGGGAAUGUGGUGACAGGGGAAAUGGUGGAGGAGCUGAUCCUUUCUGGAGCUGACAUUAUCAAAGUAGGAAUUGGACCAGGCUCUGUAUGCACCACACGUAAGAAGACUGGAGUGGGCUACCCACAGCUCAGUGCUGUGAUGGAGUGUGCUGAUGCUGCCCAUGGCCUCAAGGGCCACAUCAUUUCUGAUGGCGGCUGCAGCUGUCCUGGAGAUGUGGCUAAGGCUUUUGGAGCAGGUGCUGACUUUGUGAUGUUGGGUGGGAUGCUGGCUGGUCACACUGAGUCAGGUGGUGAACUAAUCAAGAAGAAUGGCAAGCAAUACAAACUUUUCUAUGGCAUGAGUUCUGAGGUAGCCAUGAAGAAAUAUGCUGGAGGUGUUGCUGAGUACAGGGCCUCAGAAGGAAAAACAGUAGAAGUGCCCUUCAAAGGUAAAGUAGAACAUACCAUCCGGGAUAUCCUGGGAGGGAUCCGUUCCACAUGCACUUACGUUGGGGCAGCCAAGCUAAAGGAGCUCAGCCGACGUACUACUUUCAUUCGGGUCACCCAGCAAGUGAACCCCAUCUUCAGUGAUGAGAGCUAGGGGAAUGAGCAACACUGCCUGGCAACGGUACCAGCAUCCAAAGCAGAAGUGAUGUGGAGAACCCUCGUGCAUUCCAGCCACAAUGGAUUAUCUGGAUCAGUGCUUUUUUUUGGUAGUUUUUUGGUCCCCCAGAGAGCCUUUUGUGGCCUUCAUGCUUCACUAUUUUCACAAAAAGCUCAGGCCAGUCAAUUUGGCUCUUACUGGGAAGGAGGCAGGAAGAAGAGGGUUAUCAAAUAAAUAUUGCUGGAGUCACUUAUAAA